AUGAAAAUAACAGUGGCUAAUAAAAUCAUUAAAGAUACAUUUUACACUAUAGCACCAGUAAACUGGCUGCUAAGAAUAUUCAACUUAUCAUGUAUCUACCGAGAAAAUGGAGAAUUAAAAUCAUCGUGGUCGUUAACCAAAAAUAUAAUCUACGUCACUGUUCUAGCUUUCGUCAACGUUCUCUUUUUGAUCACCAAUUUUGAUCGGUGGGACUCCUUCGUGCAAAAUUUCUCUUCUCUCACAUUCGUUGAUGUUAUACAAUUGACCUACAUUAUAGGUUAUAUUGAGUAUAUCGUUGAUUUAGUUUCUAUCAACAAGACUGGCAGAGACAACUACUUGAAGUAUUUUAAGUCUUUCGACCACAUUGAUCAGUUGUUAGGCAUGAAUUCCUAUGAUGAAAUUCGAAGAUUGAUCUUGAAUAUUAUUUGGAUCUCCAUGAUAAUGUUCGUGAUUAGUGCCACAAUUGAUCACAUCAGUUGGGCUGAUGGUUACCAAUCGUCUUCAUCCCUUUUGCUCUCGUUGAACAAUUUUUAUUUUUUCUUGAGUAUGCUUACUGCUUUGGAUGGGGUUUGUCACAUGGUACAGUUAGAAUAUCGUCUGAAGUCGAUGAAAGAACUUCUUGAGAGCUACUACAAUUGUCCGAACCAAGUAAUACCCAAUGAGGAUGAUAAAACUUGGGCUACCAAGACAGAUUCUGGAAGGUGUCGGGUAGAUUCCUUGAAGACCCUCAACUACAGUCGUUUCACUGAAGUUAUUGGCUUCAAUAGAUGCUACCUUCUUCUGGUGGAACAAGCAUACUACUUGAAUGGCAAGUAUGGUUUACGGUUUUUAAUACUCUGCAUUAACUUUCUGGUGAAUAUGAUCAAGUUGUCGAACUUGUUCAUCAGAUUUACGACUGGUGCAAUGGUACCCCCAAACGGCAGUUCCCGCUUGCUAUCGUUCGCCAGCAUGAUCAAAUUUCUUAACUGGGGAGCAGUUUCGCUCAUCAUAGUGUACAGAUGCGAACAGACGUACAAACAGAGCGACAGGAUACUGAACAUUAUAGACUUGGUGCUGGUCAAUAAGAAGAAUUCUAACAGCCUGACGACUACCUUAGAACAUUUCCGCAACCUCCUCAUAACCAGACCGAUUAAAUUCCAUGCAGUCCAAUUCUUCACCAUCGAGUAUACUCUACUGGUUUCUCUUGCUUCCACCAUAGUUACGUAUUCCAUCAUCAUGCUGCAGAACAUGCACUGA